AUGGAAGCGUUGAUUGAGCUAUGCGAUUUAAUUGCUCAAAGCCCUGCGCAAUUCGCCGAUAAGUUGGUGUGGAUUUGCGGCCGGUGCCCUUCCGCGGAGUCUCUCCUCACCGGAUCUCCUAGGGUUUCGAGAUCCCAGCUGAAUGCUGUGCUCGCCGUAGUUCGGUUUCUCUCUAAAUGCCCUAACCAUGACGAUCAACGCCCUAAGUCCCUUGUCAUUGCCUUCUAUCGUGCAAUUCCUUCCUCCUUCAACGCUUCUUUCUGGCCACAGUCGUUUUCAAAUGAGGCAAUUGCGGCAUUCUUCAAUGAUUACUUAAUGUACGUGUGUAAAGCUGCGGAAUUAGCUUCUGAUUUUGCCACGGACGUUGCAGGAUUCACUGGAGACAUUGUGAUGUCUGCUUUAGCCAAUGGGACUGGAGAUAUGUGUGUCUCCAGGAUUUUCUUGAACGCAGUGGCCUUGAACUUUCCGCCAAUUGUUUCUAAUGACGCCAAUAAAUUAGUGUCUUGUCUUCUAGAACGGGUGGAAAUAACCAUCGUACCCAAUUCACCUAGGGAGUUAACUCCAUCAGAAGCUGCUUCCAGCCAGAGUUCACCGCUGAACCAAAUUCAUUAUCAGUCCAAUGACAGUGCCAGUCCAGUAAAUGAGGUGAGUAAUACCUCUGGAUCAACCAUUAGCGGGGCCUCGAGGGCAGCCGACGAUGCUACUAGUGUGUCAUCAUCAAAGGAGAUUGUGGCAAAUGGGGGUAGUGGAGGGUGGAGGAGCAAUGGGGAUUUCUCAAGUAUAAGUUUGGGAUUAAAUGAUGUAGGAUGCAAGGGAACCGGUAUAUCUUUCGAGGAAGAGUCUAUGGAGGGCCUUGAGAAGCAUGAAAUUGCCUUUAAAUUGAUAAGCCACGUGUUGGAUAAAGCCACAGUUGAUGCCAAGCUCUUGGAACAAGUGAGACUCGUAGCAAGGAAUCAACUUCAGUCAAUGAUUCAUUUCCUGAAGAUGAGGAGGAGUGCCUGGUCUGAGCAUGGACAGUUACUGAGAGCUAGAAUCAAUACCAAGUUAUCUGUUUACCAAGCCGCAGCUACGUUACAGAUCAAGACUCUAGCAUCUCUUGAUCUUGAUGGAAAGUCAUCAAAGAGGUUGUUGCACGAAGCUCUUGCAUUGCUGACAGAGGCUGCCGAGGCAUGUUUAAGAUCAUUGUGGCGUAAGUUGAGAAUAUGCGAGGAUCUAUUUGCCUCUUUACUUGCUGGAAUUUCCCAGGGUGCCACUUUACGGGGUGGCCAGCUGUUGCGAGUCCUGCUUAUUCGUUUCAAAAGGCUUGUACAAGUGACUUGUGUUCAGGCUGAUACCUGGGGCAGCAACAAAGGGGCAAUGUUUCAGAGUAUCUUGAAAACAACUUGUGAGCUCAUUCAACUUGGAUGGACCAAGGACCGGUCGCCAGUGGACACAUUUAUUAUGGGUUUAACCACAAGUAUUCGUGACCGAAAUGACAAGGAAGAGGAGGAUGGAAAAGAAAAGCAAGCAGCUUCUCCGCUGCAGCUUAACAUGAUUAGCUUGCUGGCUGAUUUGAAUGUCUAUGUUAAUAAGUCCGAAGUGGUUGACAUGAUAUUGCCGCUCUUUAUCGAAAGCCUUGAAGAGGGUGAAGCUUCAAUUCCUGGUUUACUAAGGCUUCGGCUUCUUGAUGCCAUCUCUCGCCUGGCAAGUUUAGGUUUUGAGAAGUCUUACCGUGAAGCAGUUGUUCUAAUGACUAGAAGCUACUUGAGUAAGCUCUCCGCUAUAGGCUCUGCAGAGAGCAACACUUUGCCUCAGGAAGCCACGACAGAGCGUCUGGAGACUCUUCCUUCAGGAUUUCUUCUGAUUGCAAGGGGUCUUACUGCUGCCAAAUUGCGAUCCGAUUUCCGUCAUCGUUUGCUGUCUUUGUGUUCAGAUGUUGGGUUAGCUGCUGAGUCUAAAAGUGGGCGGAGUGGAGCAGAUUUUUUAGGACCCCUGCUUCCUGCAGUGGCUGAAAUAUGCUCUGAUUUUGAUCCUACUGUGGAUGUGGAACCCUCGUUGUUGAAGUUAUUUCGGAAUCUGUGGUUCUAUAUUGCUCUUUUCGGUUUAGCACCUCCUAUUCAGAAGACUCAGGCAGUGGUGACAAAGUCAGUGUCUACUUCUCUUAAUAGUGUUGGUAGCAUGGGGACAGUUGCACUCCAAGCUGUUGGUGGACCAUACAUGUGGAAUGCUAAUUGGUCUUCGGCUGUUCAGCAAAUUUCCCAAGGGACUCCCCCCCUAGUGGUCAGCUCUGUGAAAUGGCUUGAAGAUGAGUUUGAACUGAAUGCUCUUCAUAAUCCUGGUAGUCGACGAGGUAGUGGCAAUGAGAAAGCUGCUGUAAGCCAACGAUCUGCUCUUUCUGCUGCUUUAGGAGGGCGGGUAGAGGUGAACGCAACCAUCUCAGGUGUCAAGGCAACAUAUCUUCUAGCUGUUGCAUUUCUGGAAAUAAUCAGGUUCAGCAGCAAUGGUGGCAUUCUUAAUGGUAGCCCCACCUUGUCUGCUUCUCGCAGUGCCUUCAGCUGUGUCUUUGAGUAUUUGAAAAGUCCAGAUCUUAUGCCAGCGGUCUCACAGUGCUUGACAGCAAUAGUUCAUCAGGCCUUUGAAACUGCAUUAUUUUGGCUGAAUAAUCUGGCAUCAGAAACUGGACAUGAUGCUGAACUAAGAGAGUCCGCACUUUCGAUCCAUGCUUGCUUUCUUAUUAAAAGUUUGUCUCAGAGAGAUGAGCAAAUUCGUGACAUCUCUGUAAAUUUACUUAGUCAACUUCGAGAUAAGUUUCCUCAGAUGUUGUGGAAUUCGUCUUGUUUGGAUUCACUGCUUUUCUCCAUACAUAAUGAUCCACCCUCAGCUGUUGUUCAUGACCCCGCCUGGGUGGCUACUGUUCGUUCUCUGUACCAAAAGAUUGUUCGGGAGUGGAUAAUUAUGUCCCUUUCUUAUGCUCCAUGCACGAGUCAGGGCCUCCUUCAGGAGAAAAUUUCUAAAGCAAACAAUUGGCAAAGAACGCAGCCCACUGCUGAUGUUGUUUCUCUGUUGUCUGAAAUACGGAUUGGCACUGGUAAAAAUGACUGUUGGAAUGGAACAAAAACUGCAAACAUUCCUGCUGUCAUGGCAGCGGCUGCUGCAGCAUCUGGUGGUAACUUAAAGCUGACGGAGGCAUUCAACUUGGAGGUGCUGAGUACGGGUAUAGUUAGUGCAACAGUAAAAUGUAAUCAUACUGGUGAAAUUGCUGGCAUGAGAAGGAUAUACGAGAGCAUUGGUGGGCUUGACUCUAUGCCGACAUCAAUAUCUAAUCGUGAUCCCCUUGCCCCAAAUCCUGGGACUCCAUUGCAGAAUUCAAAUCCAAAAAAUGACUCCUUCAAUGAAGUAUUGCUCACCAAGUUUGUACGUCUGCUUCAACAGUUUGUUAACACAUCUGAGAAAGGUGGGGAAGUGGACAAAUCAUCGUUCCGGGAAACCUGCUCUCAAGCUACUGCAUUACUUCUUUCAAAUCUGGACUCAGGUUUGAAAUCAAAUAUAGAAAGCUUUUCCCAACUUCUUCGCCUUCUUUGCUGGUGCCCGGCUUACAUAUCCACACCCGAUGCUAUGGAAACUGGAGUUUUUGUUUGGACAUGGUUAGUUUCGGCUGCACCUCAGCUGGGUUCUCUUGUCCUUUCAGAACUGGUUGAUGCAUGGUUGUGGACGAUUGAUACCAAGCGGGGCCUUUUCGCUUCAGAAACAAGGUACGCUGGACCCGCUGCAAAGCUUAGGCCUCAUCUUUCUCCUGGGGAACCAGAGUUGCCGCCUGAAAAUGACCCCGUUGAACAAAUUAUGGCACAUAGGCUAUGGCUUGGAUACUUUAUUGAUCGUUUUGAGGUUGUUCGACACGAUAGUGUGGAGCAGCUUUUGCUACUUGGUCGUAUGUUGCAAGGAACGACCAAACUUCCUUGGAACUUUUCACGCCAUCCAGCUGCUGCUGGAACCUUUUUCACUCUCAUGCUUCUCGGGUUGAAGUUCUGUGCAUGCCAUUUACAGCGGAAUCUUCACAACUUCAGAGCAGGUCUUCAGCUGCUUGAAGACAGGAUUUACCGGGCUUCCCUAGGGUGGUUUGCUCACGAACCAGAGUGGUAUGAUGUAAAUAACAGCUUUUCCCAAAGCGAGGCUCAAUCUGUUUCCCUAUUUGUACAGCAUCUUUUGAAUGAGCGGACAGAUGCUUCCCAGAUGGACUCUAAAGGAUCAACACCAGAAAAUGGAAAUUCUUUGCAUGAUGUGAAAGAAGAUUAUCAUCCUGUCUGGGGCCAAAUGGAGAAUUAUGCAGUUGGAAGGGAGAAGAGAAAGCAGUUGCUUUUGAUGCUUUGCCAUCAUGAGGCUGAGAGACUUGAUGUUUGGGCACAACCUGUUGGCUCUAAGGAAAGUACCUCUCGUUUGAAAGUUAGCUCUGAAAAGUGGAUUGAACAUGCAAGGACUGCUUUCUCUGUCGAUCCUCGAAUUGCUUUGUCUAUGGCUGCUAGAUUUCCUGCUAAUGCUGUUCUGAAAUCUGAAGUGUCUGUCCUUGUUCAAAACCAUAUAUUGGAGAUCCGUAGUAUUCCUCAGGCUUUGCCUUAUUUUGUUACCCCAAAAGCGGUGGAUGAGAAUUCACACCUUUUGCAGCAGCUACCACAUUGGGCAGCUUGUUCAAUAACACAGGCUUUAGAGUUUCUUACUCCAGCUUACAAGGGCCAUCCACGUGUUAUGGCUUAUGUUCUAAGGGUGCUGGAGUCUUAUCCUCCCGAGAGAGUAACUUUCUUCAUGCCUCAAUUGGUGCAGUCUUUACGAUACGACGAAGGGAGGCUAGUAGAAGGAUAUCUGCUUAGAGCGGCUCAGAGAAGCGAUAUAUUUGCACAUAUUCUGAUAUGGCAUUUGCAGGGUGAGACUUGUGUGCCAGAGUCAGGAAAAGAUAAAGAAGCAGUGUCUGCAAAGAAUAAUUCGUUCCAAGCACUUCUGCCGCUCGUUAGAGAACGAAUUAUUAAUGGUUUCACUCCCAAGGCUCUUGACUUAUUCAAAAGGGAGUUCGAUUUCUUUGACAAAGUCACAUCUAUCUCUGGUGUUUUAUAUCCACUUCCAAAAGAGGAGCGACGAGCUGGUAUAAGAAGGGAGCUGGAAAAAAUUCAAAUGGAAGGGGAUGAUCUGUAUCUUCCUACUGCUACAAAUAAACUUGUGAGGGGCAUUCGCGUUGAUAGUGGAAUUCCUUUGCAGUCAGCUGCAAAAGUACCUAUAAUGAUUACCUUCAAUGUGGUAGACCGAGAUGGGGACCCCAAAGAUGUAAAGCCACAAGCUUGCAUAUUCAAGGUUGGAGAUGACUGUCGCCAAGAUGUUCUUGCUCUACAAGUCAUUUCACUUUUAAAAGAUAUCUUUGAGACAGUUGGGCUUAAUCUAUAUUUGUUUCCUUAUGGCGUUCUUCCUACCGGUCCAGAGAGAGGAAUUAUCGAGGUCGUGCCCAACACCCGGAGCAGAAGUCAGAUGGGUGAGACUACUGAUGGUGGUUUAUAUGAGAUAUUCCAGCAGGACUUUGGACCUGUUGGUUCUCCCAGUUUUGAAGCCGCUCGUGAGAACUUCAUUAUUAGCAGUGCUGGUUAUGCUGUAGCCAGCUUGCUGCUUCAACCAAAGGAUAGACAUAAUGGAAAUCUUCUUUUUGACAAUGUGGGCAGACUUGUUCACAUCGAUUUUGGUUUUAUCUUGGAAACUUCACCUGGAGGAAAUAUGCGAUUCGAAAGUGCCCAUUUUAAGCUGAGUCAUGAGAUGACUCAAUUGAUUGACCCAUCUGGCACAAUGAAAAGCGACACUUGGUUCCUGUUUGUGAGGCUGUGUGUCAAGGGUUACCUUGCUGCUCGGCGUUAUAUGGAUGGAAUUUUGAGUACGGUAGCACUCAUGCUAGACAGCGGAUUGCCUUGCUUCAGCAGGGGUGAUCCUAUCGGAAACCUUAGAAAACGAUUUCACCCAGAGAUGAGUGAGCGUGAGGCAGCCAAUUUUAUGAUACGGACUUGUACAGACGCUUACAACAAGUGGAGCACUGCAGGUUAUGAUUUGAUACAGUAUUUGCAGCAGGGUAUAGAGAGGUAA